CGCAGGUGCCUUCCCUUGGCAGAGAAGUGGAUUCCACCAUUUUCUAUAGGAUACUAGAUUCAGUUGACAGAGGAGGGUUUUUCCAUGUUUACAUUGCUGCCUGUUUUAUUGUGAGAAUAGCUCCGGGCAUGGCUCAGUCAGUGGAUUUAUUCAGUGCUAUCUAACACAUCUAGCAAGACAUUAACUUAUCUGUUUUUUGUAUCUCUCCUUGAAGACAAUGUCUUAAUUAGGCUGGUGUAGUUAACAGGACUACACGAGGAAUACUACUACCUGAGCAGUGAUCAUAUCCCCGGAGAGCUAUUUCUUGUGAGUCAAGUACCUAUACACAUAGUUGUUAGAUAGGUAAUCAUUGGUGAUGCUUGGAUUGUGUCAUUAGAUGCCAAUCAGCAGAAUUGAACUGACAGGUCAGACUCAGGUGUUUAAACGACGUGAAAUUGUCAAACAAGGAUCACAGUUCUAACUGCAAGGUGAAGAAAUAACAACACGUGUUUUUAAGUGGUAAUGUAACCUCAAAUGCCAGAAGUGUUCUGCCUUCACUAAGGAAAUCUGAAUAAUGACAGCUCAUAGAGAAAUAACAAGGAGUGCUAUAGUAAGCAGUGAUAUGAGGAGAAUUUGAUGGCUUGAUAAGAGAUAUUACUACGAGGUGAUAGUAGUACACCUUCAAACACGUGUUUGCUUGGUAUAAAGUACAGAGAUUUUUUUCCCCACAAGUCUGGUCCUGUAGUGGAUAUAAAGCCGAUUAUUAUUCACCAAGAUUGUUUAUCCUGCUCUUGGCUUAUACAGACUUCAUAUUUUUAAAAAACAUUUACAAGGAUCAUUUACCGUGUUUGGGCUUGACGUUCCACCUAUUUGGUUACCUUGUUUAUAUGAUAAGGAAGGAAUAUGAAAAGACUGCAGUGUUGUACCAGCGUAUAGUGACCGAACUGUUUGUGGCACAUGUAACUGAGUCUGCCCCGAGGGCCAUCGGGAGGCUACCGACCCUUAGAGUCACCACUCAGCCAUUGGUGGAGGUGCUGUUAUAACUGACCAGCCAGUCACCCCCGCGUGUGAUAAUUAGAUACAGGUUUAUGCACAUCUCUAAUCUCUCAGGAUAUCCUGGAGGAUUUGACCUCAGGCAACCAGGAUUCUUAACGUGAUGCAGAGCUGUUCUGGAAUGGAUAGCCAGCAAGGAGACACAACCAUGUUUGUGAAGCGGGAAGUUGUGAGCAUUAGCGGGGCUCUGCCGCUCGAUUUCAAAGACAUACCCACCGCUCAAAAUAAUGUGUGCAGACUCCCUCCCUCAUCUUGUAAAAAGUGUCUCAAGGAGAGAACUGGCAAAAACAACAAAUGGAAGCAAAAACAAUUACGUAAGCAAACCAAAGCAAAUACCCCCAUAGUGAUCCAGUUAAAGGACACUUUAAAGGCAGCCCUUAAACAAAAGCAGCGCACCCUGGCAGAUACCCUGCACAAGUCUAAACAGCGAGAGGACUCUGAAGAUUGUAAGACCAGUAAUAGUGAUGCUAGUUUGUUGUCUGAUGAGGAAAUUGCCAGUAGCAAGGAAAUCAAAACGAAAAAAGACGUUAAAAACUUAAGUGCCUUGAUCUCAGUCAUAGAGAAAACUCACCGAAAAGACAGAAAAUUUCAUGUAGGAUCUAAUAAUCUUGCAAGAAAUAAUCGAUCAAAAAACUCAAAAUUUGUGGCAGAUUAUGUUCUAAACAAUGCCACGUACUCCUCCGAAAACUCUGACCAAGUCAGUAGUAAACCUAGAAGUAUUGCUGAAUGUGAAAAUGUGCAGGUUAUUUGUAAUGACUUUAAUGAAAGUGACAAAGGUUCUAAUGUGGAGGACACAGAGAGUGACACGGUGUCCACUAUUUCGAGUUCCGAGUCUCAGUGUGACUCAGACAUCUCCAACUCGCAGCCCGAGACAAUGGAAUCGGACAUGAGUCCGGAGGAACUGGAAAAGUUAGCGCAGUACACCACUGGCUGUCCUCUGAUCCGCUACGACUGCCCGCCCUCUGAGUGUCCCCAGUGCUUGUCGGAGUACUACUACAACUACCAGUAUUACUAUGACUGGGGACUCGCCCAGUCAUUCCAGGUGCCCCCCGAGACUAAGGAUACAGACCAGGAGAGCCAUGAAGAGGAGGGGGGAGAGAACGGGCUCGAAGCUCAGGAGAAAGGGGAGGAUCCAGCAGAGGAUGAGGUCCCCACUGAAGAAAAGAUGGACACAAACGGCUCAACAGAAAAGUCAGACUGUGCGGGGGAGCAGGGGGCUAAAGCCUCGCCCAAACAGUUAGUUGACAUCGGCAUUAAGUCCACGGAGGAGCCCCUCCCAGACGACGUGUACGUGGAUCUAACGGACACCGAUGUCACGUUCACUGUGUACUACCAUCACGAUCUCUCCCCCAUGGAGGACUCAGAUGAUAACUAUGCAAAUACGUCCACCUAUUUACCCCCCAUGGUGCCAUAUCAUAUGAUGACCCCUUUUACAACGAAUCCCUAUUUCACUGUGCCAUACUGUUACUGGCCCUACGUGUACCCACCCGCUUACAGCUUACUAAACCAGCUCUAUCUUCCAGAGGACACCGAGUCCAUCCCUAAAACUCACAUGAUCCCCCCCAAAGAACUGGAGAAAUUCAAUUCCUCUGCCCCCUCUGUACGACCCUGGAUCCCAGUAAAGGCAGCAGACAAAAGUCGGCCCAGUGCCAUUUUCACGGUGAUGUGCUACAAUGUCCUGUGUGAUAAGUACUGUACGCGUCAGAUGUACGGCUACUGCCCUACCUGGGCCCUGAACUGGGAGUACAGAAAGAAAGGCAUUAUCGACGAGAUCAGGCACGGCGCCGCGGACAUCAUCAGUCUACAGGAAGUGGAGACGGACCAGUUCCAUAACUUCUUCCUGCCCGAACUUCAAAGAGACGGUUACGAUGGAAUCUUCUCAGCAAAGUCACGUGCUCGGACAAUGACGGAAGCCGACAGAAAGCAUGUGGAUGGAUGUGCAAUAUUCUACAAGACCAGCAAGUUCCAUCUGGUAAAGGAACACUGUGUGGAGUUUAAUCAGCUGGCGAUGGCUAACGCUGAGGGUUCUGAUGACAUGCUGAACCGAGUGAUGACCAAGGAUAACAUAGGACUGGCGGCCAUGCUGGAAACCAAGGAGGGGGCCUACGACAAUGCAGGUGCUCUGAGUGAAGCUCAGGUGAAGCAGCCCCUAGUAGUGGCCACCGCCCACAUCCACUGGGACCCCGAGUUCUCUGAUGUUAAGCUGAUCCAGACCAUGAUGUUGAUGUGGCGACUGAAGCAGAUCAUUGAGGAGAACUUCACCAGCACUAGCCCGGGGCCAGUCGAUGUUAACUCUGUCCCACUCAUCUUCUGUGGUGAUCUCAACUCACUCCCAGACUCAGGUGUUGUAGAAUACCUCCUCUCAGGAAAGGUAGCUCGCACACACAUGGACUUCAAAGACAUCGGAUACGAUGAUGCCCUGCAGAAAAUCCACGCGUCCACCGACAAAGACUCGUUUUGUCACGACUUCAAAUUAAACACAGCCUAUGAAAAAGACAUCAUGCCAUUUACCAAUUACACGUACGACUUUAAGGGAAUUAUUGACUACAUCUUUUAUUCUAAAGAGCAUAUGAAUCUGGUUGGUCUCCUUGGACCACUGGAUGAGGAGUGGUUCCGACAGAACAAGGUGGUGGGAUGCCCCCACCCUCACGUCUCCUCAGACCAUUUCCCCCUACUGGUGGAGUUAGAAAUGCCAGCCAUGAAUCUCUCCAACAACCAGCCGAGAGUCCAGUACAGAUAAUGCCCACACUGCCAUUCUUAGGGGGCACCUUGCUAGUGCAAUGAAAUUAUUGUGAUCUUUUGAAAUUCUUUGCAAUGAAUGAUGUUUUUAAAAGGCCUUUCAGAAGUGUAUCAGGGAUACUUUGUUUGCUAUUUUUAUACUAGUUCUACACAUUUGAUUCCCAGGCAGUUGUCAUACACUCGAUAUCAUUUCAUAUUGACCUAGGGAUAAAAUUUCAUAUUGACCUAGGGAUAUUGGUGAUGAAUUUUUUUUCAUGACAGCUUUGUGCAUUGUGUGUAUUUAUUGUGGUAAAUAUCAAAAUUUGCUUUUUCAUUAAUUUGUGCAUCAUAAUUUCAUGUGAUAGCAUUGUUUUUAUACUUGGAUGUAAAUAGGACUAUUUUUUAAUUUUUCAUGCAUUGCAAAGAAUAUGAACAAACUGAAGGGGAGGCCACUCUUGUUGUACAAUAGUAAGCUGUCCCAACAAAUCAUGACCAGGAAUACGAUGAUUCUGAUUUAAUUUGUUGUUUUAAUUUUAGACAUUUAAAAAUCAUUGUGCUGUGAUUUACGAAUUAUGCCCUCUUACUUAUGAAAUUACAAAUCAAUUCUUUUAAGCUAUGUUUGAUUCCAUAUUAAUGUUCUCCUGUACAGAUCCCGUUUGAAGGCUUUAUAUACAUGUAUCUUGUAUGGUUGCUUGCUUUUAAUGCUACAUGUCUUUAGUUGACAGAUAAUAACAAAACACCUUAUAAUAGAAGACCAAAAAUACUCAAACAGACCAAAAAUGCAGUGGUACCUCUUUUUUCUGUCUAGUUUUCCUUUGUGAUUGCAAUUUUCUAUUUAAUGAAACAAUGAUUUUAAUUCAAUUUUGCAUUUAAAAGCAAAAUUCUUUUUUUAAAUUGGUCUGGUGCAAGGUCUUUUGUGAAGUUAUAAAACUACAGUUAAGUUUCCUAUGAGUAUAUAUUGACAAGGUAAAUAAUUAUACAAUAAGUUAUGCUUGAAUGUAUGGUAUUUAUUUGUGUGUUUUAAAUUUGAUUGGCCAGAAUUGGUGGCCAGUUAUAUAUACAUGUACAAUGUUUGAUAACAUGAUCUCAGUCAUUGCUGCCCAUGCAUCAGUUGGCAAUAUACAUAUCUAUCCAUUCAUCAUUAUAUUCAGAAAUUCUCAGUUUUCAAAACAAACGAUUUCACUAGCAGACAAAUUUGUAUGUAAUAUUUGUAUCUUUUUAUUAAAAAAAACGAAACAAUUGAGAACAAGUUGUAAAAUUCAGAAUUUUUUAAAAAGUAUUUUUGUUCAUUUCUUAUUUGUAGUCACUGUAUUACAUGAAAUGCAUUUUAAUAUCAUUUUGUCUGUCAUACCGGAUCAGGCAGCUUUAUAAGAAAUCGAGGUCAUGGCGUAAUUACAUCAUUUUGACCGUUUUCUUCUGGCAUGACAAGGGCAAGAACACAUUCCUGUUGUUAAUACAUAUUGUCAACAAUAUCUUAUGUAAUAUGGUGUAUUAUAGACUUCUAUGAAGUGCCAGGCUUGAUGAGGACAAAAAUUACAGGGGAUAAAACUGUUAAAAUUUUUAUUUAAAAAGGUAUUGCAAUCCAUAUCUCUUUUUAAAUUUUUCUAUAAAAUCAUCAUUAAAUAUUUUAAAAAAUAUAUCCCUUAUUUAUAGAAACAAGUACAUUUUAUUAUCAAGACUGGUACUUAGUCUUUUGUGGACAAGGAAUAUGUUAAACUAGUGCUUCAGGUACUCCAUAUAAACCAGAGAGGUGCAUUUUCACUAAGAUCUGACUUCUGUCUCUAUGUAAAUGGCCUGUCAAGAUGGUCAUUGCCAGCUAGUUUGUGUUAGGGGUUCUUUUUUAACUUUUUUGGUGGAGUUUGUCCAGAAAAUCUCAAAGGAAUACCAAUAAAGACAAAAUAUAAAGUA